GCUCGAUUCCUGUAAACUAGGAUGGGCUUGAGGUGGACAGCAGUUGAGUAGAGAUAGAUAAAAGGGAAGCCAGGAGCUGGGGGAGCCCGUACAGGCAUCAGGGAGGCAGAUGCCAGUACUGACAGCAGACCCAGAGGCAGCUGACAGCCAACACACACAGCAGCCACCGCUUUCUGGUGUCCUGCCUUCCAGUCAAGAUGGCUCUGAAAGCAGCUGAGUUAGGUUUCAGCCUCUUGAUGCUGUUCCAAUACAGCUGUGCUUACAAGUUGGUCUGCUACUAUACCAGCUGGUCCCAGUACCGGGAUGGAGAUGCCUCGUGCCUUCCAGAUGACAUUGACGCCAACUUGUGUACCCACAUCAUCUACAGUUUUGCCAACAUCAGCAAUAAUCAGAUUGAUACCUGGGAAUGGAAUGAUGUAACGCUCUAUGAAACUCUGAAUGAGCUCAAACAAAGGAACACCAAACUGAAGACACUCUUGUCAGUGGGUGGAUGGAGCCUGGAAACCAAGAGGUUCUCUGACAUGGCAUCCCAAACUGAGAACCGAAGGACCUUCAUCAACUCAGUCACAACAUUCCUGAGGACACACAACUUUGACGGCCUGGACCUAGCCUGGCUCUACCCAGGACGGAGAGAUAAAAAAAGUUACACUUCACUGCUUCAGGAAAUGAAAACUGAAUUCUCCGAAGAAGCUCGGAGGACUCGAAAGGAGAGACUUCUGCUCAGUGUAGCACUGCCUGCCGGGAGGGUCAAACUUAAUGAAGGCUAUGACAUCCGCAAGAUCUCUGAGUACGUGGACUUUAUCAGUCUCAUGACUUAUAACUUCCAUGGAGCCUGGGAAAAGACCACAGGUCACCACAGCCCCCUGUACAGAGGGAAAAAGGAUGACAGUUACAGCAAUGUCAGAUAUGCUGUGAACUAUAUGCUGUUGAAGGGGGCCCCAGCUAGAAAACUGAUCAUGGGUAUCCCAACCUUUGCGAAUAGUUUCACCCUGGCCUUCUACCAACACUCUGAAGUUGGAGCACCAAUCCUGGGAAGUGGGACCGCAGGACUCUACACCAAAGAGCCAGGGAUUCUGGCCUAUUAUGAGGUCUGUGAAUUCCUCCCUGGAGCCACUGCUAAGAGGAUUUUGGAACAAAAGGUCCCCUAUGCCACAAAAGGCAACCAAUGGGUGGGGUAUGAGGAUCAGGAAAGUGUCAAAACCAAGGUACAGUUCUUGAAGACCAUGAAUCUGGCAGGAGCCAUGGUGUGGGCUCUUGACUUGGAUGACUUCCAGGGUACCUUCUGCAAUCAGAAGCCCUUCCCCCUGACAGUGGCCAUCAAGGAUGCCCUCUUCUCUACUUAGACCCUGGCAUGCCAUCCCUCUCUGCUUCCCACCCUUUCUGCCUCUGCUCUGGGGCCAGAGUUCAAGUGUAAUCCUCUCCCUUUCUCUCUCUCUCUCUGUCUCUCUCUCUGUCUCUCUCUCUCACACACACACACACACACACACACACAUCUGUGUACUCUUACACACAUACAUACCACCAUUGUCAUCACCUCAGCCCAGCUGGGAGUAAGAGCUGGGUAUGGGGAAUGUGUCUUACAGUGAGAAAAUACCUUUGGUCAUAAGAAUGUCUUCUAAAGGUCAAAUGUACUCCUCACUUCUGUUCUCUGCCUCAGGGGUCACUUUGGAGUUUGAGAGAGCAGGGGAGGGACAGGGAGCGAGGGCUGAAGACCAGGACCAAGUCUGGCCACACAGUUGACCCUCCAUGAAAACUUGGUGGUGGGUUGCCUGUGCUUCCACGUCGUGGAGCUGUCCAUGGGCUGAUUGCUAAGCCCCCUGGGCCACUGAGGCAUACUCACUCUGGAUACUGCUACUGCCUAGAGUGGCAGCCUUCACUCAGUCCGGGGCCCUAUCCUAGGGUCACAACCAUACAGGCCUCUGCAUAGUCUUGCUUGUUGGUUCUCCUUAGAGAAGAGAUUUGGCUGCAACCCUGGAGCACUUUCCUUUCUACUUCCUCAAUCCCACUGUUUAUUUAUAAAGGGAACUGUC